AUGGCCGCCACGUGGUGUACCAUUAGACGGGCGCGGCUGCUGACGUGGCCAAUGCAUCAGGACGGGGUACAUUUUCAUUACACCCAUCCCCACCCAUCCGCACCCCUCUCCACCCCUCCCCACAUCUCCCCACCCCAAGAGUUCCUGGAAGCCAACAGCAUUCGCCUGGUGAGCUACGACCACGCGGGGUAUGCCAGAGCUACCCCAACCCAGAGCGCACACUGCAGCCAGCCUAGCAUCACUUAUCCCUCCACUCCACCCUCCUCACCCCUCCCCACCCGUCCCCACCCGUCCCCACCUGUUCCACCCUUCCCCACCCGUCCCCACCCGUCCCCACCAUCCCAACCCAUCUCCACCCCAGGAGUUCCUGGAAGUCAAUGGCACUCGCCUGGUGAGCUACGACCACCCGGGGUAUGGCCGAGCUACCCCAACCCGAAGCGCACACUGCAGAGUGACGUGUGGGAUGCGGGGGAGGUGGGCACGGGCGUGGGGCUGGGGAGAGGUUCUGUCUUAUCGCAACCUCCAUGGGGGCUCACGUGGCACUGGGGGCGCUCCGUUACCUGCCGCACCUGUGAGUGCAGGGUGGGGGUGAGAUACCUGACCCACAGGUGA